CUAGAAAUUGAAAUUGUAUAUAUCUGUAUACAAUUCCGACUUCAUCCUUUCAAUGAUCCAAAAGCAUUCAAUUGAUGCCACAAUUGAUGGCCUUUCUCUAUGUGUCACCGAAGGCAAAUUAUGCUCUUCCAAGGUUUAUGAUUGCUUAGAAUUAAAGGGUGAACCGGAAACUGUACCACACAUAUUAUUUGGUUGUCAAUUUUCAGGAGCUAUUUGGAGUAGAGUGCGCAUAUGGAUUGGAUUGCAUAGACAGAUGACUACAUUGGAUAGCUCGGUGAAAUGGAUCAAGAAAGACCAUGGAGGAGCAGGAAUCAAAGCUAAAACAGUCUGGAUUGCCUUCAUCUAUACCGCCUACUGGAUAUGGAGAGUUAGAAAUGCAACCAAAUUUGAUGGUGCCACACUGAAAGAGGAGGAUGUUUUUGCUAGGAUCAAAUAAAUGGUCUAUAAGAUCCUUUCCAACAUUUACUCAUUUGAGCUCAUUAUCUAUUGAUACUUUGGUGCAUUAGAGUUUGGCCAUGUGUGAUUAUUGUGUAUAGUUUUUGAGGUGAUGGAUAAUCCUUUCUUGGAUAGUCCCAUUUUUUGCUCCCAUUUUUUGCUCCCCAUAUACCUUUAAACAUGUGCAUUAAAGAAGACAACGGUAAUUAAAGGUUUUGCUCGAGUGCAACUUCCUAAAAC